AUGAAUUGUCAGAUAAACCGGCAUUUGAAGGGAGUAGUGGAUGGGUCCGUCCUGCUGCAGUACAAAAUUGAACUGGGCGUCGCUGGCAUGGUCGAUGGACCCCCGAGCCACGUGACCAUUGGGGAGCGCUGGAACCGAGUGCGCACGCAUACUGACUCGUGGAGCGGUCUCUCCUUCGAGACCGUGCAGGAGAUCCCCUGCCAGAAAGCCAGUAGGCUGCAGCUCUACGGAAACAUUCUCGCUCGAUGUGUGGGCAAGUCCACUCUGGCGUUCAACCUGCUUCCGGGGCAUGCACGGGGUAUAAGUGCGAAGGAAUGGCGGUUUGAGAACUUCAGCUUCUCGAUUGAGGAUUAUGUGAUAGACCCUGUGCAAGACUUGCUGAUUGUCCUGCCAGCCCAGGAUGCCGCCCCGCCCCGAUUAUAUCUCUCGAGUCUAUCCACAGGCGAGCCGCAUCCCCUCGCAUUGGAGUCCGAAUUAUCCUAUCCGAGCGGUCUGAUCUACGACCACUUCAAGUUAUACCUAUCAGGAGGUUUUCUUGGGGCCCAAUUUCGGCCAGCGGGCGGAGAACCAACCGAGCACCUGAUCGUUUGGUCCUGGAAAGAUGGGUCUAUAUGUCUGGUGCCUCCAUCCGCAAUCCUCGCCUUCCCGCGUAUCAACGCAUGUUAUCGCAGUGGAUAUGCAACAUACGUGCCGGUGCCGACUUUGCACUCAUGGGCGACUACCUGCUAUUGGCACCCCAGCCACACACUCGGGCGCACCCGCGUAUCGAGACCUAUGAGCUUGACACCACGGUAA